AUGUCGCGGGCUCCGCCGGAGGACAAACGUGCCCUGCGGCUGCACUUUACCGUUUGCUGUGCUCCUGCCUGUGACUCUUCCAGGGAAGACAGAGGCCGCUCUCCCCAGAGAGACUUCCACAUCCUCUUCGUGCCGCGCCGCAGCCUGCUCUGCGAGCAGUGGCUGAAGGAGCAGGGCGUGCUGGGGUCCUUCAUCCACCGAGAGCAGUACAGCCUGGACUUGAUACCCUUCGAUGGAGACCUGCUCUCCAUGGAGUCUGAGAGCGCAUUCAAGGAAUGUUACCUGGAGAGCGACCAGACAAGUCUGUACCACGCAGCAAAGGGGCUGAUGACGCUGCAGGCUCUCUACGGAACCAUCCCACAGAUUUUUGGGAAGGGCGAGUGUGCCCGGCACGUGGCUAAUAUGAUGAUCAGGAUGAAGCGCGAGUUCCCUGGAAGCCAGAACUCGAUAUUUCCCGUCUUUGAUACCCUCUUGUUGCUGGACCGCAACGUUGAUCUGCUGACACCGUUAGCUACACAGCUGACGUACGAAGGGCUGAUAGAUGAAAUCUAUGGAAUUCAGAACACUUAUGUGAAACUCCCUCCUGAGAAGUUUGCUCCAAAGAAGCAGGGUGAGGGUGGGAAAGAUCUCCCCACAGAACCCAAGAAGCUCCAGCUGAACUCUGCUGAAGAGCUGUAUGCUGAAAUCCGAGACAAGAACUUCAACGCAGUGGGGUCAGUGCUGAGCAAGAAAGCCAAGAUCAUCUCAGCAGCCUUUGAGGAAAGACACCACGCAAAAACCGUUGGAGAGAUUAAGCAGUUUGUCUCACAGUUGCCACACAUGCAGGCAGCAAGAAGUUCUCUAGCAAACCAUACCUCCAUUGCAGAACUCAUCAAAGACAUCACCACAUCUGAAGAUUUCUUUGAUAAUUUAACAGUGGAACAAGAGUUCAUGUCUGGAAUAGACACAGACAAGGUUAACAAUUAUAUUGAAGACUGCAUAGCUCAAAAACAUCCAUUAAUCAAGAUCUUACGUCUCGUUUGCUUGCAAUCUGUAUGCAAUAGUGGACUGAAGCAGAAGGUUCUGGACCAUUACAAAAGAGAGAUUCUCCAGACUUAUGGCUAUGAACAUAUAUUGACCUUAAACAACUUGGAAAAGGCUGGACUCCUGAAACCUCAGACAAGCGGUAGGAAUAACUACCCAACGAUCAGGAAGACCCUGCGCUUAUGGAUGGAUGAUGUUAAUGAACAGAACCCCAACGAUAUCUCCUACGUGUACAGUGGCUACGCACCACUGAGCGUACGCCUGGCACAGCUACUGGCUCGGCCAGGGUGGCGGAGCAUAGAGGAGGUUUUAAAGAUGCUGCCGGGUCCCCAUUUUGAGGAGAGGCAGCAGUUACCUACUGGCCUUCAGAAAAAGCGUCAACACGGUGAGAACCGAGUCACUCUGGUGUUCUUCCUGGGAGGUGUGACAUAUGCAGAAAUAGCUGCACUGAGAUUUCUGUCCCAAAUGGAAGAUGGAGGCACGGAGUAUGUCAUUGCCACUACAAAACUGAUCAAUGGAACAAGCUGGAUCAAAUCCUUGAUGGAAAAACUGGAGCCUGCCCCUUUCUAGGGUCUGUGGCAAGAGACAGUAAAAGUAAGAGGCCCUGUGCAACACAGCCACAUCAGCUUCUGGUCUUUUAGGAUGGCUGCUUGAACGUAAGAGGAACACGACAGUGAAAGAAGCUCUCCUGAGACCAGCUCGUGAUGCAGUCAUCACCCUCAUCCCUCUCUGCACUUGUGUUCCUACUGUUUGUGGAACUUCCUAGUAGACAAGCAGUGCUGAAAGGCACUAACAAUGAAAUAAACAAUGGGAGAAAGAGAGAUCCCUGCUUGUCGUCUGAAUCUGCAAACAAGUGCUAGGGGAGUGGUGAUUUGCCCUGGUCCUUCUAUUUGGCAAAUUGCUUCUGUUUUUUUUUCUUUGUUUAGUUUUGAUGGGUGAUGUGAUUGAUUACUUCUUUUUACCUUCCUAAGAUACUGAGGAGGCAGGAUGUUUUCUGUUCCUGAUUUCAUACCAAUAUUCCCAUCUGUCUUUCUCUCUCUGGUGCCUGAUACAGUCCAUCGAUGCAUUGGCUCUGUUUCUGUCAGAGAAACCCAGGGUUCAGUAUGUGGGGGGGUUUCCUGCUCUCAUCUUUCUGACGAAAGCCAAGGAACUUGUGUUUCCCCCAGCUUCAGCACAUUCACAUCAACAGGCA